AGAUCAGUGCCUACCCUAGCGGUCGUCUGUCUGCACUGUCUGUGUCUGCAUUGACUUUGCGGCAAAACCGUUUUCCACAUCUUUUAAGCUCAAUGUCGGGUUAAAGGUUAUAUUAUGACGGUUGAUGAGCUAGUCAGUUCAUCGGGAACAAUUUGUGUUUGCCUUACCGCUUUAAAGUCAUUAGUUUCUUAACUCCUGACAUGUUCUUUGCAUGUUACCUUGCAUAUUUGGUCACAUUGAGUAUCCUCCCCGGCUUCUCGAGAUCUUCACGAAGUACUAGCAAUGUGUCUCUUUGCAAGGAGUGGGGUCAGUGUGCCCAGCUCUGCAAUGCCAAUAGACAGAACAGAUCUCUUGUGGACUGUGGCUGUGUCGAAGGAUUUCGCCUUGACUACAACGGGGUAUCAUGUGUUCCAUUGGAUUCCCUCGUCGUCUUCCCUCCUGAUAACUACUAAUGUUGGAAUUCAACAGGCAUCUCUUGGUGCCGAGAACACUAGCCAGUUUUUGUAUCAGAGUCAGACCCUAGCAGUUGCUGUUGAUUUUCUGUUGAACGGUCCCAAUACCACAAUCUUUUGGAGCGACAUACAAACUGAUCGAAUCAGUGCGGGAGAAAUUGUCCAAGGACGUCUGGAGAAUGUCCGUACCCUAGUCUCCGGAGGCUUUGACUGUGUGGAGGGUCUGGCUGUGGACUGGAUUGCAUGUAAUCUCUACUGGGUGGAGAGCAAGCACCAAGAAAUCGAGGUCUCGAGGUGUGACGGUUCUUUGCGGGCGUCUGUGGUUGGGGACGUCCGCCGCCCUAGGGGCUUAGCGCUGGAUCCACGGGUGGGCCUUCUCUUCUGGACGGACUGGGAAGAUGAUAAUCCACGAAUAGAGCGGAGUCUCCUGGACGGAAGUGCCAGACAAGUGAUUGUGGAUGUGCAACAGUACAGCAACAUGCCCAAAUCUCUACCAAAUGGAAUCACACUUGACUACGCAGUGCACAGGGUAUACUGGAUUGAUGCAAGGGCGGGUUCGAUUCACACUGUCAAGUAUGAUGGCUCAGACCAUAAAAAGAUCCUCCAUUUGUCUACAUUCUCCAAGCCGUUCUCGAUGGAUGUCUUUGGCGACUAUUUCUACUGGACGGACAUCACCUACUCUAGCAUUUAUAAGGCUCACAGAUUUUCAGUGAAUGCAUCUCAGCAGGUGGUGGUUCACUCCCCAAAUAAGCUCUAUCAGGCAGCCAUUGUGCACCCUUCGCGGCAUCCGACAUCCAAUGCACAAAACUACUGCGCACACAAAAAUGGCAUGUGCAGCCACUUGUGUGUGUCGGGAAAUGCUCGACCUUUGUGCUUGUGCCCGUAUGGCCUGCAGCUAGGGCGCAACAAACAAACAUGCGAAAGACAUGGUCCACUGCUGAUCUAUGUAAUGAAGACUACCCACACUGCCUAUUUUUCACUUCCAAGAAAUCCUGCUCAGUGGGUUUAUCCCCCUCUAAAGUUAAACGCAUCCUCGUUUGGUAUGACAUAUGAUGCUGUGAAUAUGGCCCUGUAUUGGAUUGAAGGACGAGCAAUUAAGAGGCAUUUACUCAAAAGUGGUGUGACUGAGACAUUUGCUGAAUUCGGAUCCCGAGUGAAAUUGACUGCACUCUCACUUGACUGUCUGUCCGGAAAUCUGUACAUUGGAAAUUCGAUGCAAUUAAACAGCGACAUUCGAAGCCAGAUUUCGGUGUGUUCAACGGGCAGGCGUUACUGCAGCAACCUCAUUUGGGAUGCCGUGAGGCAUGUGGCUGGCUUGACAGUGGACCCUACCAACAGGCUUGUCUUCUGGUUGGAACGAGAUCGGGCAACUGUGGAACAUGAUUUUAUUACGAUUAAAGUUGCCAACUUGAAUGGCUCAGACCCUUUUACACUGCACACAUGGACAGUCUUGAAGAAUGCUGUUGCCAAAGGGCUGAAUGCAAAUCCAAGCAGAAAAGAAGUGUGCUGGAUUGAAACAAGCAGUGGCAACAUUAUGUGUGCGGGCUAUGGCACAACAAGGACAUUUUCGCAGUUUAAUUUGUCUGGGGAAGUGCUUGGAGAAGUUGAGCUUACAUCGUAUGGGCAAGAAAUGAUCUACAGUGUUGGAAAUGGCCACAUGUAUACCGCAUCAUACGAUUCUGGAGACGCCAAAUUUCUGUGGAAUGCGUCUGAGCCAAUCAGUUACCUGAAGCAUAGCGGUGUGUACAGCAUAGUUGAUCUUGCAGAAAGCCACCCCUGCUCUCAUCUGCCUGAGCCCUGCCAUGGAAUCUGCCUUCCUCAAGAUAGCAAGCACGUCUGCCUUCCUGUGGGUGGUUCGGAUACUCUGCUGGUGUUCUUACAGAACCAUCGUCCAGUAGUGUACCCUGUAGGGUCAGACCCGACGGCCCCACCACUGCUCUUGCAAGCAGGGUUUAGUGACAUGGCUCUAGAUGCGAUUCAUGUACUCGCAACGGAAGAGUCUGUGGUCUUUGCGAGCCGCGAACACAUCUUCUUGGCACGCAUUGAUGGCUACAAUGUGACACCCAUCGUCACAGUAACUGGUGCAAGGGUGACUGCUCUGGCUGCUGACGUCACUUCCGGUCUUUUGUAUCGAGCAGUUUACAGUGCUGCAGGUGCAAAGAUAGAGGUUUCCAGCUUUAAUGGCUCUGGGAACACUGUUCUGGUUGAUACAAACCUCCACAAAGUCGUCACUCUUGCAGUUCAUCCAUUCCGGAGGCUUUUGUUUUGGAGCAGUGCAGGCGAGUGGCCCUGCAUCGAGCGCUACAGCUUGGAGGAUGGGGAGCGACGCAUCAUUGUGCGAGAUGAGCUGUUCCAAGUGUCGGACCUGUCGGUGGACCUCGAGCGAGACUUGGUGUACUGGUGUGACCUGGGCACAGCUCGGAUUGAGAGGGCGCGCCUCGAUGGCUCGCGCCGCACCAGCAUUGUGCUUAACAAGGGCACCAACAGGCACUAUUCGCCGGUGUCUGUGGCAGUCUUCCAGUCUGUCCUCUUUUGGAUUGACAGUACAUACUCCGGUGGAUCCCUGGUGAUGUUGGUCAAGAACAGGCAACCACAAAUUUCAACUUGGAGUCGCUACCUUGGUCCUAAUGUGUCGCACUUGCAGCUCUACGACAAACGGAUGUUUCUAUAUUAUAAUGAAACAAAUGAUACCCUUGGGAGCAACAUCAACCCCAUUGUUUCCUGUCGUGGAUUUUGCUUUAAUGGAGGAACUUGUUUGGCAAGUGAUGAUGGCCUCGGUGGACCUACCUGCCAAUGUACAACUAAUUUCACCGGACCACGGUGCCAGUUCUAUGCAACUUAUUUCUAUAAUCCUGCCUCAGCCGAUGAUGAAGCGAUGGACAUGAAGAUCAUCGUGAUUCCAGUGGUAGUGGUUGUGUCGGUGUUCUUGCUCAUGCUUGUGGCAGCUUGGGUGAAAAGGAGACGUGCCUGGCAAUCGAGCGCGGUCUCCCUUUCCUCUGAAGAGGCCAACCCAGCAUUGGCAGCACCCAUGAUUGACUGCCAGUAUGAGACCUCCUUCUCGGAUAAUGUGUUGUUGAUGGGGACUAAUCUUGCAUACGAAGAAACGGAAGCUCCUCCGAAGAAUGCCUUGCCCACUGGUUACUUUCAACGGCCAAGUAAGAAGAUCCUCAAAGAGGUUGCUUUUGAGAGGUGCAUCCUCACCUGAAGCCAUUGUUGUUGGAGAGGACGUGCCAGACAUUGGCAACCUCCAGGGCAGCUUUUGAUUCACCUCACAUUGUGCCACUGGCCUCGUCAGUUAGCCACUUGGCCUUUUGACUUUUAUGUACUUGUUCCUCAGUUGUUCUCUCAGUUUUUGUAUGUGUUCAUAUGUGGACCGGGAUCUCCGAGACAGGAAGACCACUUAAAGUUUCCAAGUUUUAGAAUUAUUUUUGCCAAGACGGCUAUCUUGUCUUAUUUUGUGUUCCCUGCAAUGGUGCUGCUUAUCUUUUUAACUUCAUUGCAUUAGUUGAGGCGAGAUGCAUUUGAAUGCUUUUCUGUGUUUCUCAACAGUCGCACAAGUUUCGCUGUUGAAUUUACUGUUGUGUUGCGGUUGCUGCUUUAAGCGAAAAGGCAUUUUCAGUUGCUGCCCAGUGCUUCUGGUUAGCUAAAGAAUAGAAAGGGAACUGAAGAAAUGGACAUAACAUCUCUGUUAUGGCAUCAUGCACUCAGGAAGAAUCGUCAGCUAGUUGAACAAAGCAUUUGUAAUCUACAAUUCGAGCAAUAGAAUGCCAAUUCUGAACCAAAGUGACCAGAUUUGCUCAAUGGUAACUUCUGUAAUCUCACUUCCACAACACAGAUCUGGCCCAAAAGCUGUUCACAUAGGAAACCACAAUGUAUAAUCUGUUUAAUCAAAGAAUUGUGCAAUUUAGUGGUAACAUAACAGCUCAUUUAGGAAUAUGUGAGGGUAAGUGAGAGUUGUCUGAUAAAAUUUGGCUACUAUUGUUUCAUGGUUGGUUUUGAGAUUCAGGCAUUAACUUCAGCUGGUCAGGUACGCGACUCAACUCCCUUGCACAGGCAUUUGAAAAAAAAAAAAGUUUUAUGCUUGUCAUUUUACCUGUUUUAUGGUAUAUUAUUUCUAGACCAGCAUGUGAUUCUAAAGAUCUCAGUAACAUGUACAAGAGGACUGAAGUAGAUUGGAAAUUUAUAAGAGUUUCUGUAUCAGCUUCAGAGGUUUUGUUUGGUAUCAGUGUACAGAACCAAAAGUGUCAUGUUGCAAGUCUUUAGUGCAGUUGCCAAACUGAGGUAAACGCAAUUUUCAAGUUUUCACAGCCUGGCUAACGGCAGUGGAUAUUGUGCUACAUUUCAAAGUGAUGUACCAUAUACUGUAGCCAGAAUUUUAUGUUUACAAUUCAGCAAGUCGGGUGAAUUUUGUUGUUUCUUUUGUACAAGCUCUAACAGAUGCGAGCACUCAUUCCAAGAAAGAAUAGUGGAUUUUGUGCAUCUGUUAGGCCUUGGUGUCACGCAUUUUUUUAGCUUUUAAGCAAAUUUCUAUUGUGUUCUUUUGGUACCUUAUUUUUCCCUCCUAUCAUAUUUGGACACCAUUUAGACACCUGUAGUUUCUCCCUGAAACAACACUGUUUUGGUACUUAGAACCCACAGUUAUUUAGUAGAAUGGUCAGCUGUCUUAAAUGAAUGUUAUGUUUGUUGAAAUUAUUUCCAUAGAAAUAUAUACACUUGGAAAACAA